AUGGCCAAGAGACAGACACCAGCAGCGUCAGAGAUAUCAGAAGAAACCGCAGAGAUACCAGUUGAAGCUACUCGAAAGAUCAAAAAGCAGAAAGUAGCAAAUAUCCCAACAUCAACACCUCCAACCACGACAAUAUCAGCUGCACCUACAAUCGCUGAAGGCUCUGGAUUCCUAAAAAAGCACGGAAUAACCGUAUUAAAUGCUAAAACUAUACAAGAUCCGUACCUCACCUUCGCAAACAUCGAACAUUUGAAACCAUCAUUGCUCAAACCAUUCAAAUCGUUCGAUGCUCCAACUCCCAUUCAAAGUGCUGUAUGGCCUUAUCUGUUUAAUGGUGAUGAUGUCGUUGGCGUCGCAAAGACAGGCAGUGGAAAGACAUUCGCAUUCGGACUACCAGCAGCCAAAAUGGUUCGCAAACAAUCUCCCAAACAAUUAGGAAUACUUGUACUAGUCAUAUCACCUACACGAGAAUUGGCAAUCCAAACAUUUGAAUCCUUCCAACAAUUUGGACCGAAAUCAUAUGUGAAACCUGUCUGUAUAUAUGGUGGUGUGCCCAAGGGAGAGCAGAGACACUUAUUAGGUGAAGCAGAUUGUAAUGUAUUGGUUGCUACUCCUGGUCGUCUAAUGGAUUUCAUGGAGGAGGGUGUUAUUGAUUUGGGAGUUGUCAAAAUGGUUGUCCUUGAUGAAGCUGAUCGUAUGUUAUCGUUUGGAUUUGAAGAAGACAUCAAAAGAAUUCUUUCAGCAGUCCCAUCACCCCGUCAAACAGUCAUGUUCUCAGCAACAUGGCCAAUGGAGAUUCGCAAUUUAGCAAACACAUAUCUCUCACCAUCAGCAAUCCGAAUCACUGUCGGAUCAGAUGAAUUACAAGCAAAUACAGACAUUACACAAAACGUAGAAGUUAUGACUCAAGAUGCUAAAGAGGGUAGAUUAUUACAGUUGUUGAAGGGUCAAGCAAAGACGGAUUUGGUGCUGGUCUUUGCAUUGUACAAGUGGGAAGUUGGGAAAUUGGAAAAGUUGCUGGUGCAACGUGGAUAUAAGGUGGCUAGUAUUCAUGGAGAUAAAGCUCAGAGGGAUCGUAUUGCUUCGUUGGAUUCGUUCAAGACCGGUAAAACACCCGUUCUAGUUGCUACAGACGUUGCCGCUCGUGGUCUCGACAUACCAGAAGUAGCAUGUGUCAUCAACUUUACAUAUCCUCUUACUACAGAAGAGUAUUGUCAUCGUAUCGGACGAACGGGUAGAGCAGGUCGCAAGGGUAUCGCAUACACAUUCUUCACAGUGAAUGAAAAGUCUCAUGCUGGUGCUUUGGUGAAUGUAUUAAAGAAGGCGAAUCAAAUAGUGCCCGAGAAUCUCAUCAAGUUUGGAACCACUGUAAAGAGAAAAGUAAAUGAGAACUACGGAGCUUUUGUGAAGGACGUGGAUAUGAGUGUUAAGGGAAAGAAAACUACAUUUGACGAUGACGACGAGUAG